AUGUCUAGAAUAACUAGGAAAUGGGAAUUGUUCCCUGGGAGAAGUAAAUUUUGUUGCGAUGGACGAAUAAUGAUGGCACCCAACACUGGAAUAUUUUACGUUACUGUUUGUUUGAUUAUGGGAACAUGCGGAUUAUUUUUUGUUUUCGACUGUCCUUUUUUGGCCAUAAGAGUGAGUCCCGUCAUUCCCGUCAUAAGCGGUCUCCUGUUUUUAUUCACGAUGAGCGCUUUGCUUCGUACGAGUUUUUCCGAUCCUGGUGUCAUACCUAGGGCGACAGCAGACGAAGCGGCUCUUUUCGACAAACCACCUCCUCGCACGAAAGAAAUCCUUAUAAAAGGUCAACCCGUUAAAUUGAAAUAUUGUUUCACUUGUAAGAUAUUUCGACCGCCGAGAGCUUCCCACUGCAGCUUGUGCGACAAUUGCGUGGAUAGAUUCGAUCAUCAUUGUCCGUGGGUUGGAAAUUGCGUCGGACGGAGAAAUUAUAGAUAUUUUUACAUGUUCAUAACGUCUCUAGCCUUUUUAUGCGUUUUUAUAUUCGCUUGCGUAAUAACUCAUCUCAUUAUGAUCACUCGCGACGAUAAACCUUUUAUAGAUGCCAUCAAAGACAGUCCAGCAUCUAUAGUCAUAGCGAUCGUUUGUUUUUUCUCUGUAUGGAGCGUGCUCGGUCUUGCGGGUUUUCACACGUACCUGGCAUCGAGUAAUCAAACGACAAACGAAGACAUAAAAGGAUCCUUUUCGAGCAAGAGAGGUCAGGAAGGUUUCAAUCCGUAUUCGGAGGGUAACGUUUGCUCGAAUUGUUUUCACGUUUUGUGCGGUCCCGUACCUCCCAGUUUGCUAGACAGGCGGGGAAUCGUGACGGAAGACAUGAUGGUAGAAUCGAACAAGCAAAAUGAUUCCGCUCAUUCGAGGUCUCAAUACGGAGCCGUCAAAUCUCAGCCGAUGAACGGCGGAGGAGUUUUUCCAUCUUUGAACGAUGCUUGCGGAACGCCGAAUCCUCUACAGCAGCAGUGCAAACCGAGCAACAUUUACAAUCUGCAGCAGAACAGCUCUCUACUGUCACAUCAGAAUAAUAAUUCGGCGAACGGUGAGUUUAUUUAUCCGAACAUCGCGAACAAUUUAACAAAUUUAAAAUUAAUGAACAUGACGAGACCGGAAAUGGUUCAACAAACGUUGAAAAAUCACGAAAGGGAACCCGUUCCGGAGAGAGAAAAACACAAAUCGAAAGAAAUCGGGAGCGUGGAAACGCUCGAUGGGAAAAGUGAUGCGGCCGUUGGGGAGAGUGGUAAACGUUCGUGGGAUUCGGAUGCGCCGAACGUGAUAAGAUAUCAAAGAUUUUAUCCGAAUUUUGCAUCGAGCGUUCAAGAUUUCCGGGGUUUGCAAUUGGCGGGAUACCAUCAAAACGAAUAUCAACCGAGAACGACGGAAAAGGGAAUACUCGAACCUAACACGUACGUCGAAUCUCGUUCUUUUGAUAAAUGUUCAACGGAUUACGAUUCGAGAAAUGGUGGCGGGAGGAAAAGCGAAAGCAGCAGCCGACAUUUUCCGGAACGAUCGACGGGUAAAUUGGGAGCGUACACGAUUCCCAGAAAGACGAAUCAAUAUAGGAAAUUGAUGAUCGUUCCGAACGACGAUGAUGCCGCCUCGAACGGUACGAAAAAUUCAAACGACGUUCGGAGUCCAUUUAAAAUUGCUCAAAGCGAACAUUUUACCCUGUUGAAUACGCAAAAAUCGAAUUACGGUCCUGGAACAUUCCAAUCGUUGGUCAAUAAUCCGUACGGACCUCCUUUUCACUUGUUACCCCGCGGCUACUACAUUCCAGACACCCAAACGACAACGUUCAGAAAAGAACUCUCGAUGGUGAGACCCAUAGGAGGAGUAGGAGACCAAUUAUCGAACGUCGAAACGUCAAAAUUUGAAAAAUCAUUUUUCGGUCAAAAUCAAUUUUAUCCGGUUAUGAGUCCCUACAAAACGUUGAUGCUUCCUUUCGAAACGUGGACGACGGAUAGCCGUACGACGUACGUGAGAGAACAAAAUCGAAAUUAUUUUGUCAAGCAGAGAAAAGAAACGGGAUAUUAUAACGGUGGUAACGUGGAAAGACAUCGGAGAGACGAAUUCGUCGAAGAUGUUUCCCAAAGGAUCGAGAGGGAUCGAUGUUUUUCCAAAAAGGAAAGUACGGGAGAAAGGGCCGUCGAUAUCAACGAGCGACAAUCGGAUGAGAAAAUUUGCGAGACGAUGACGUCGUCGCCGUCGGCCGCGGAAGUGACGGAUGACGUUAAUGCGGAAGGAAACGAUGACGUAACGAACGUUGACAACAAACACUCCGUUUAA